AUGUUUUCACAGGGUUCAAUUCCAGAGGUGAAAGAAGAUACACCUGGAUUUGCAUUGGAGCAACGCAAGGCUAAACUGGCUCAAUUUCAGGAUUUGGGUCCACCGGAUUUGAUAUCUAUAUCUAAGUAUAUUUCAUCUAGUGGCAAGAAUAGUUCGCAUAAAAGGGCCACGUCUGUAAGCCAGGACAUUUCGUCACAGGAGCCAGCCGAGAAGUUAAAAGGUGUGAUUGGGACGUAUCUAUACUGUACUGGAGCUGAUACGUCGGAUCCAACUUCGAUUGCGGUGUUUUUGAAGAGCAUUGCAGACUGUAUUUCUGAGGAGCCUCAGAUCUGGUUUGGUAAACAGAAGCCGUUCAAGGUGUCCAAGAUCUCGUAUUGUACUUGGAAUAUAUUUCGGCAAUGCGACGUUAAUGUUACUGUUCACAUACCAGGUACGGUGCAGUCCUUUGUAGUGGAUGUUCGAGGUGAGCUUCUCCAGUUGGAUGAAUCGGAGCAUGAUUUGUUGUGGGCUGAAACGUUUAUUAGUGGCGUGGCGAGGACUCUGAUGAUGAUGCUGGACAACUUUGAAGACGGUGAGGUUAACUCCGUUGUAGAGACAAGAAUUUUGAACCCGUUUACCUCGAGUGAGAUUGGAGAUAUUGCAACUUCCUUUAUUACAUUGUUUCCUUUAGUUUAUCACCAAGGCCCGCGAUUGGGUGCCCCCCCCCAUAUUGGAUGCAUAUCACAUACCAAUAAUUACCUUGUCGAAACUUUGCUGCAAUUAGCAAGGUUGACGAAUAACUUUGAACCCUGUAGACACAUGCUGGAAAAGCUCAGACCAUCUAAUCCAGAAGUUGUUGUCGUUUUAUCCCGUUUGUUGAUUCAGGCUGAUCGUGAGGUGGAUGCGAUUAAGAUGAUUCACAAAGAAUUGUCUUCUGAUGAAACAACAGAAUAUAACUCCGAAUUGCUCUGUAUUGAGACAGAAUUUCUGUUGGAUCGUAAAAAUGAUUUGGAACUGGCUCGGGAUACCUCUCAGGCCGCGGUGAAUUCUGCCCCGAGUGAGUUUUGGCCAUGGUACUUGCUGGUUAAGAGCUUCACAGCAUUGGGUGAUAUAGAAAAUGCACUACUAACAUUAAAUACUUGCCCAAUGUCUCCAUUGAAGGAGAAGUAUGUGUUCAAACGUAUAAUAACUGUCACUCAGGAGUCUGGGAAUUUGCAUCUUCCAUUGCCCGUAGACGUUAUUUUAGAGGAAGUUACUGGAUUGAAUUCUCAGGAUGUUAUAGCUGAACACAAAUCUGUGGACCCAGCAUUAACAAAUUUACCUGCUGCUAACUUGAAGAGCAACUUCCAGUUAGCUUAUUCCCUACUUGCAGAGAUUGCAAAAAAGACUGGUUGGGAACCACUUUUGAAAUAUCGUGCAAAAUUGUUCGUUAUGGAGGAAGAGUAUCAAAGCGCUAGCACUCCUAGUAUUGACUCAGAAACCCCUCAAGGGUUGCGUUCUAAAAGAUUAUGUGAAAGAUGGUUGGAUAACUUGUUCAUGCUGAUAUAUGACGAUUUGAAAAUAUAUACGAUCUGGCAAGCAGAACAAUUACAUUUCGAAGCUCAAAAUACACAGUAUAUCAAAACAACUUUUGAGUGGGAGUUACUAGGGCUCUGUGCCAAUAGACUACAUCAUUACCAUGAAGCAGCAAAGGCUUUCCAGAAUGGCUUACGCCAAAGAUUCUCAGCGCAAUCAUGUAGAAAGCUAUUGCAAUACUAUUUGAAAGAACGUGAGUUUGUUAUUCACAGGGGCGGCGCUUCUGGCAUGAUCUCUUCGCAGAUCGUUAAUACCAUUAGUACGCAGGAUAAUAGGAUCAUUGAUUUAUGCGUUAGAUUAUGUUGCUGGAAUCACCGUUGGUACAGUGAAUUUUCUCUAAUGUUACUAGACGCCAUAGCUGUUGUCCUCCAGGAUAUGGAUCAAACAAAAAUGCAGAAUGAAGUGGCUUCUAGGUUCCCAGAAAGUGUUGUGAAUUUAUUCCAAAAGAAUGUUCUGGACUUUUUUGCUGAAUAUACUAGAGGUGAAUAUGAUCAAUGA